AAAAAUUUUUCCCUGGAUUCUGAUCACGGGGAAAAGAGGAGAAAAAGGAGGGAACCUAUUUUAACCCCAAUCUUCGCAGCCACGAUGUCUUCCCCGGACGAAGUACUGCGUCAGAAAAUAGCUACUUUACUCCAAGACCUUUGCGCAGCUAACUAUGUGCGGAAGAACAACGUUAACGUUCCCUGCCAAAUCGAGGAGGGACUCUUCCUGGGAUCUGUGAGGGUGGCGUGCAAUAAGCAAGCUUUGAAAUGUUUAAACAUCACGCAUGUGCUGAUUGUUGCCAACUCUCUUGAACCUGCCUUCCCUGAUGAUUUCGUUUAUAGGAAGAUCGAAGUUCUUGACACUCCUGUUACAAACAUAUCAAAAUAUUUCCAUGAGUGUUUUGAUUUCAUUGAUCAAGCAAGACAUGCUGGUGGUGGAGCAUUGGUGCACUGCUUUGCGGGAAGAUCAAGGAGUGUCACAGUUAUUAUUGCCUAUUUGAUGAAGCAGCAUCAAAUGAGUUUAUCGCAGGCAUUUUCACUUGUUAAGAGUAAAAGACCAAAUGCAGGACCUAAUUCUGGCUUUAUGACGCAAUUGCAAAAUUAUGAGAAAUCUCUUAGAGUGGUUUCAGAGAAAACAAUAACUGGCGUGAUCUCAAUCUCCCACUCCCGAAGUCCCGUGGACUGUUUCCUAUGGUGGAAACUGUUGCUUCUGAUGUUAAUUAACAGAGUGCUUGGAUUCGUUAAUAUGCUAGUUCGUGCUGCUUUUUGGGAUAAUCGUUCACGAGCAAACUUAAUUUGGGGUGCAAACUCGGUUAUCUUUGGCUUCAUUUUAUUUUCGGUGUUCACGUUUGCUGCAAUUUUAUCAAAGCUUCUGCCACCAUUUGAUAACAAACUUUUGUCUGCUAUUCAGAAUGACAGAUAUUACUGCUUGUUGGUGCCAUUGACUCUGCCUGUAGUCAUUGUGGCUGUAUAUUUUCAUUGGCUCGGCAUGAAACUAUUCAAGCAUGCAUAAGAGACUCCUGAUAAGGUCUAAUUUUUCUGAUCCCCUGAAUACUUUAUCAGUUUUAUUUGACUAUAUUUGACAUUUUUUUUUCCUGAGCAAGGAAUUCAUUUCAACUUCAAUCAUUCUUCCUUUUAUGUCAAUUUUGAUGCAUGGAUGAGAAGGUUUGUAGGAAAGAAUUAAUAGGACGAAGUCUCCAAUCAAUCAUUCUUCCUUUUAUGUCUCUGGCGAAGGCUCCCAUCAACAAAAAAAUAUAUCAUUUUGAAUAUUU